CCUUCUUCUUCCUGGACGGCAAGUAAAAAGUAAAAAAACGUCGGGGAGCUUCUCGGCUUCUUUCUCCUGACGAGUGACAAAGUGAAGACGAAGGCGUCGUGCGCGUUGACGCCGGGAGUCCAUUUUGUGUCCGCGCCGGAAGCUGCUCUUUUCAACAGCUCGUCUUUUGCCGCGGCGGCGAUGUGGACGGCGGAGGCGGAAGUCAAGUCACGUGACCGAGCGUCCAUGUUAUUAUUGUUGUUUUGUUAGUCCUGCGAUGAGACGGCGAGCUGAGGAGCCGCCGGCCUGCGACAAGAGCGACCUUCACGGCCUCCCCGGAGCACCCGCACCGCUCUCGCCCUACGCCCGGGCGACGGGAGCCCUGCCAGCGGCCGGCAGGGGAAGACGGAGUCGCAGCGGCGGCGGAGGAAGGAGGAGGAGGGGGAGGACUCCGGUUCGGCUCGACUCGGUUCGGCUCGGCACCGACGCCUAAACCGAAGGGGAAAUAAAAGGGCGACAGAGGACACAGCCGCGCCGAGCGGGGACGCCGCAGACAUGAACGGCAUCACCAAGAGCCGCUUCGAGGUGUUCUCAAACAGCGAUGAGGCCGCCAUUAACAAGAAGCUCCCCAAAGAGCUGCUUCUUAGAAUAUUCUCCUAUCUGGAUGUGGUCACACUCUGUCGGUGUGCCCAAGUAUCCAAGGCAUGGAACGUUCUGGCCCUGGAUGGCAGCAACUGGCAGAAGAUCGACCUCUUCAACUUCCAAACGGACAUCGAGGGCCGCGUGGUGGAGAACAUUUCCAAGCGUUGCGGCGGCUUCCUGAGGCAGUUGAGCCUCAGAGGCUGCCUCAGCGUGGGGGACGCUUCCAUGAAGACUUUUGCACAGAACUGUCGAAACAUCGAAGUGUUGAACCUGAACGGUUGCACCAAGAUCACCGACAGCACCUGCCUCAGCCUCAGCAAGUUUUGUUCCAAGCUCAAGAACCUUGAUCUCACCUCCUGUGUGUCCAUCAGCAACCAUUCCCUCAAGGCCCUCAGUGACGGCUGCAAAAUGCUGGAGACGUUGAAUCUGUCCUGGUGUGACCAGAUCACACGCGACGGCAUCGACGCUCUGGCUCGAGGCUGCACGGCCUUACGAGCGCUCUUCCUCAGAGGCUGCACGCAGCUGGAUGACGGUGCCUUGAAGCACCUUCAGAAGCACUGCCAGGAGCUCACCACCAUCAACAUGCAGUCUUGCGUGCAGAUCACAGACGACGGCCUGGUGAAUCUGUGCCGAGGAUGCCACAAGCUGCAGAUCCUGUGUGUGUCUGGAUGCAGCAACAUCACCGACGUGGCCCUCACCGCGCUCGGACUCAACUGUCCCCGACUCAAGAUCCUUGAAGCGGCACGAUGCUCCCAUGUGACGGACGCCGGCUUCACCGUGCUGGCCAGGAACUGCCACGAGCUGGAAAAAAUGGACUUGGAAGAAUGUAUUUUGGUGACCGACCACACCCUGGUCCAGCUGUCCAUCCACUGUCCUCGCCUGCAGGCCCUGUCCCUGUCUCACUGCGAGCUCAUCACGGACGACGGCAUCCGCGCGCUGAGCGGCAGCGCCUGCGGCCAGGAGCGCCUCACGGUGGUGGAGCUGGACAACUGCCCCCUCAUCACCGACGGGACCCUGGAACACUUGAAGAGCUGCCACCGGCUGGAGCGCAUCGAGCUCUACGACUGCCAGCAGGUCACCCGCGCCGGCAUCAAGCGCAUCCGGGCCCAUCUCCCAGAGAUCAAGGUCCACGCCUACUUUGCCCCGGUCACGCCCCCUCCCUCGGUGCACGGAGGCGGCCAGCGUCUGUGCCGCUGUUGCAUCAUCCUCUGACAGUGGCGGGCCAGGGGGGGCCACCUGCUGCUAUGAAAGGAAAGGAGGGGGCUGGACCCGACUCCACCGCUCCUGGGCACAAGUCAUCACACGGACAUAUCGCCACUCCGUGGGCUCCACGGCGCGACCCCCCCCCCCCCCCCCCCGCCCCCCCUCCCCCAAACCCCCCCCUGUCAGCUCACCAGCGUGGAGGGACAAGAAGGACGGAUGGACACCUACAGUGGGACAAAAAAAGUCUUCUCUCGGCCGGACUGCAGCACCUCUCAAAGUAAAAUAAACUUUUUCUCUUCUGGGACGGCGAUGGCGUGAGAUAUCUCGCCACUCGUCCUGCUUCAGACCAGAUCCAGAUGCCUUCGAGAGCCGCUGUGUGGCGUGCAAGGAAACAGGAAGUAGACAAAGGGACCAUGUGACAUAGGUGUUAGGGGUGGGACUCUUUGGGCACCGAACCAUUUCAUCCGAUUCCGAUUCUUGCGGUGACGAUUCCAUUCAACACGAUUCUUGCAAUGUAUUAUUUGCUGUAAUGAUGAUAAUGAAACUUUUUCAAAUCAGGUUACAAGUUUAAAAAAAAAAACAACUUCUUGUUGCAUGGAGAUGGCCUGAACACAUUUUAAAUAUAUAUUUAUAUAUGCACACUAUAUAUAUAUAUAUAUUUAUAUAUGCACACUAUAUAUAUAUAUAUAUAUAUAUAUAUAUAUAUAUAUAUAUAUAUAUAUAUAUAUAUAUAUGUGUGCAUAUAUAAAUAUAUAUGUAUAUAUGUGUAUGUAUGUAUGUAUAUAUGUUAAAGUAAAAGUACCAAUGAUUCUCACACACACACUAGGUUGAGGCGAAAUUACUCUCUGCAUUUGAGCCAUCACCACCUUGGAGGUGGGGGGAUCUUGAAAUAUAUAUAAUUUUUGACAUAUCUAUCUAUAUAUAUAUAUAUAUAUAUAUAUAUAUACAUAUGUAUAUGUGUGUGUGUGUGGGGGCGUGCGUAUGUAUAUAUGUAUGUAUGUAUGUAUGUAUAUAUACUGUAUAUAUGCAUGUAUAUAUGUGUGUAUAUAUCUAUCUGUAUGUAUAUAUGUAUACAUAUAUAUAUACACAUAUGUAUAUGAGUGUAUGUAUAUAAGUGUAUACAUGUGUAUAUAUAUACAUAUAUGUAUAUUUGUGUGUGUUUGUAUGUGUGUAUGUAUAAUUUUCAAAAAUCAAUUAAAAAAUACAUUGUGUAUAUAUGUAUAUGUGUAUAUAUAUAUAUAUAUAUAUAUAUAUAUAUAUAUAUAAACAUAUGUAUAUAUAUAUAUGUAUAUAUCAUAGAUUUUUUUGAAAAUUGUUCAUCAAUUUAGAAUCGGGGUGAAUAGAAAUCUCGAUUCGAAUGUGAAUCGAUUUUUUUUUUGUGCGCCCCAAAAAUAAUUUUUUUAAUAACAAAUAUAUGUAUUUUUUUUUCAUCAAUUUUUGAAAAUGAUGAAUCAAUUUAUAAUAUAGAUGAAUAAGAAUUGCGAUGUGAAUGUGAAUCGAUUUUUUUUGUGUACCCAGAAACUUAUAUUUAAAUAAAAACAUGUUUGAAUAAAUUAAAAAAUAUAUAUAAAUAUAUUAAGUGAUUUAUAAAAAAAUAUGAAUCGAUUUAGCAUGUAGGUAAUAAUAAUUUAUUAUAUAAUUAUAAUUUUUUUUUAAUGAAUCGAUAUUUUUUUGCACCGCCAAAAAGUUGUUUUUUUUGUUUUUCUAAAGACCUUUUUUAAUGUUAGAAAUGUAUUUAGAAUCUGGGAUGAUGCACAUUCCCAAAAAUAUAUAUAUGUAUGUAUAUAUAUGUAUGUAUGUAUAUAUAUAUAUAUGCAUAUAUAUAUAUAUAUAUAUAUAUACACACAGUAGAUGCAUAUGUAUGUGCAUUUAUAUGCACAUAUAUAUGCAUAUUUUUUAAAUUAUUAUUAUUUAGAAUCUGGAUGAAUGAGAAUCGGGAAUUUGGAUGCGAAUCCAUUAAUAUUUGUACAGAAAAUGUUUUUGCAACGCGAAAAUAUGACGCCCAACUGAGGUCGGCCCAACAAAAAAAAAAGUGUUUUGUUUUUUUCUGUGAGCCCACGGGGUAGUGAUUUGAGUCUGGAAGAGGAAAGGACACCCAAUGUUUGCCAGGUGUUACCAUGGCAGCAGCCGUGUGCACUCGCUCCUAUUUGAGCAUUUGUUUACGUCCCCCACAGCACAAUCCUGCUGAGGUGGUUGGAUGAGUGCACCACCAAUCACUCUCUUGGCCAAACAUGAGAGGAGCAGUCGGGACUGGAAGCACCUUUUCUCUGACAAUCACACAAAGUCCUGGCAUUUGACUAACAAGUGACUGGCAUCCCUGUUUUGACUUGAUCUUUCCGUCUGGCCCCGGACAACGGACUACUGUGUAGUGCGAAGAGACCUCCGGCAGGAUUAUGGACGCAGUGAGACAAAGAGAAGACAGCUGUGACGCCGGCGCCCUCCCCUGGACAACUCCUCCAACAGUUUUGUGUUUGACAAAAUCCACAGAUGGGUCAAUAAAAUUCAGCAACCAUGAAAA